AUGGCUGAACUCUCGGAUCCCCAGAUUACCGAAGCGUACCAGGAUGUCCGCUCGGACAAGACCGACACUAACUGGCUCUUAAUUGAUUAUGAGUCAGACCGGUCGGAUACACUAAAGUUGACGCAGACUGGGACCGGGGGUCUCGCCGAGCUGCGAGAAGUUCUUGAUGACUCCAGAGCUUCAUAUGCAUACGUGCGCGUUCAGUAUUCCAAUGAUAAGGAAUCUAUUCGAGAGAAGUUCGUGUUAAUCGUAUGGAUAGGCCCUCGAUGCAAACUCAUGAGGAAAGCCAAGAUUUCUGUUCAUGCUGCUGAUGUCAAGGCUGUACUGCGGGUGUACUCGUUUGAGGUUGCGGCGCAAGAGAAAGACGAUAUAAAUGAGGAUCCUAUCAUCUUGCGGCUACGGAAGGCUGGCGGCGCCAGCUACGAUGGUGUAUAA